CUACCCAUUCGAAUGGGCAUCUUGACUCUACAUUCAUUAGGAAAAAUAUCACUUUUACCUAGCUAUCACAAUCAGCAGUACAUUUGGCCAAUUGGAUAUAAAAUAAGCAGGCAGGUAUUAACCUAUCUCAGUAUAGUCAAUCCCUCGGGAAAUACAACCUACGUUUGUUCUAUUGAAGAUAAUGGUCAUGCAGGACCUAAGUUUCAAAUCAUCGCAGAAGAUUGUCCUCAUCAUACCAUCAUUGGAAAUUCAGCUACAGAAGUAUGGACUAUCAUUGUAAGACGUGCUAAUGAGAUUAGAAAUAAUCCUUACUCAGGCACUGCUUCUGGUCCUGAUUAUUAUGGACUUACACAACCAGUUAUUACUCAAAUGAUUCAGGAUCUACCAAAUGCAAAUCAAUGCAAAAACUAUAUUUGGAAACACUUU